AUUUAUUCAUGAGCAGACCUUACUCACCUACAAGAAGCAGAGCAGAGAAGAUUGUUGGACAAUUGAGCGAGUUAACUUUGGGACACAAAGAUUAAGUAUAUGGUGUUUGUUUGAUUGAAGACUUCGAGAAUAAAGGAGGCAGAGGAGAGAGUUGAAAUCUUGGAAACAGCUAUACGGGAUCUUAGGGAUACUUUAGAAGGAAAGGUCUCUAAAAUAAAGGAGGGCUUGGAAUAUGUGUAAUAGGUGUUGAGUGAAUAAGAACCAAAGCAGGAGGAUGAAUAAUAGAUGGUUGAGGAUAUGAAGAAGGCCGAGGAGAGUGUAAAUGAAAAGUUGGAGGAGUUGAGCAAGUAGAGAGAGGAAAGUUAAUAAAAGUUCAAUGAAUAGGUUGAAAAGGAUAUCCAAGAAUUGAGAGAGUAGAUCAGUUAGGAGAAGAGUGAGAGGAAUCAAGCAAUCAAAGAGAUUAAUGACUGUUUAGAGGUAGAAUGCUGAAUAACUAUUAAAGAGUGAUUUACCACAGUUGCAGGAGAUGUUGCAGUAAAAUAUAAAGGAGAGAGAUGAGAUGGAUAGAAACAUCAAUGCAAGAUUGACUGAGGAAUUGCAGAGGUUGUCCCAGAUUAUUUAACAGGAGAAGGUGAGCAGAUAAUAGGGGGAACAGAGUCUGUUUGAGAUGUUGAAGGAUGUGGUGAAUAGAAUUAAGAAGGAGAUAGACGAAGAGAAAUUGUUGAGAGAGGCCACUGAGAAUGAUGUCCUCAGUGUGUUGGAGGAGACUCUGAAUAAAAUUUUAGCAGCUCAAGAUCGUUGAUAUAUUUAGAUUAUAG